AUGGCCUCAGCCGGCGGACUGACACGCCGUCGAGGCGGUCGAGUCGGCGGCGAAGAUAACGACGAAGGGAGCCGAGUCUCGUCUCCAGUCCCUAACAGCAGAACAGCAGUCGAGGCCCGCUCACCAGAGACGUCUUAUACCGACGGCGAAAAUGGCCACAAGAUUGCGUAUGAUCCACGGGACAUCAGCGAGAACGAGGAGCGGACAAGGCUACCCAAGUUGACUUUAAUGGAUGAGGUGCUGCUUCUGGGGCUCAAGGACAAACAGGGCUACUUGUCCUUUUGGAACGAGAAUAUCUCCUACGCUCUACGCGGUUGCAUUGUUAUCGAACUCGCUUUUCGCGGCCGAAUAAGCAUGCAAAAAGACCCUUCUCGCAGGAGGUUCCCUCUCGCAGACCGAAUAAUCGAGGUGAUUGACGACACUCUUACCGGUGAGGUCUUGCUGGACGAGGCACUCAAGAUGAUGAAGUCGAGUGAGAAAAUGAGUGUGAGCACUUGGAUCGAUUUGAUGAGCGGCGAGACUUGGAACCUGAUGAAGAUCGGCUAUCAAUUGAAACAAGUUCGCGAACGAAUCAUGAAAGGCCUCGUGGACAAAGGUGUCCUUCGCACCGAAAAGCGCAACUUCCUCCUUUUCGAUAUGGCCACCCAUCCAGUCGCCGAUUCGGGCGCAAAGGAAGAACUCCACAAACGAGUCCGUAACGUCUGUAGCAGCCGCACUGUUAUCCUAUCUCCCAACCAGUGGCUUCCAGAAGACGCCGAAUUUCGUUACCUCCGGACAAUAAGCAUGGUGUGUGCCGCAUAUGCGGCCAACGUGCUAGAGAACGCACUGGUCACUAUGAGCCAUGAAUCCCGAGAAAGAGCCUUUGCUCAAGUCGACGAACUGCUUGCCGAAUACUCACAAUGGCCCUUUGGUCGCAAAGCCGGUGCGGGUCAGGGCAUCGGAGCCAAUUUGGCGCAGGCCAUUAAUGACGAGGUCAAUAAAUCGAAAGAUCGAGAGCUCCAGUUAGAGAUCAUUGCGGCAUGCUUAAGCGUGUUUACUCGACUUGACUCCCUCCUGUAA